GACGAACUUGCAUGCAAUUACUAGUGCUAGCUCUUCUCAUAGUCGACGCCGUCGCACAUCCUGCACAUCCUAUUCACCCAAACGAUGAUCUGUUGUUGCCCUUGGCGAUAAUUGCAGACUUAGACUAUGAAGCGAAGGAUGGUAACAUCUGGUAUAGCCCAAUGUCUAUAGGAAGUUUGGCUCUAAACGCAAACAGGUCUGCAGCAUUUAUCCAUUGGAGUUCGACUCACAACUAUACUAGCAAGUUGAAUUAUAAUGGCAGAGGAAUGGAGCUGAGCGACAUGAAGUACUACGAAGGCAAACUCCUAACUAUAGACGACAAGACGGGAGUUGUUUACAAAUUGGAUGGGAAGAAAGCAGUUCCAUGGGUCAUUCUUUCUAAAGGAGAUGGUAAUGAAGAAGGAUUCUUCAAGGGAGAAUGGUUCACCAUUAAGGGCGGCUAUUUGUACUGUGGUAGUCAUGGAAGGGAGUACACCACACCAGAAGGAGAAUAUUUGAACGACACACCGAUGUACGUAAAGAGAAUUUCUAGCGAAGGCGCUGUCCAAACCGAAAAUUGGGUUCAGCGCUACAUUAUGCUCAGGGGAGCUAUAGGUAUUCAUUUUCCAGGAUAUGUGAUUCACGAAGCGGUACAAUGGUCUGAUAUACAUAAUAGAUGGUUCUUCCUACCACGGCACAUGUCAAAACUCGCCUAUAAUGCUGAAACGACUGUGGAAACAGGAGCAAACGUCCUUAUCAUUGCUAGUGAUGACAUGGAGGAAAUCGUAGCUGUCCCAAUCGGCAAGGAGAUGGUGACCAGAGGCUUCAGUGCAUUUCAGUUCGUUCCUCGUACCGACGAUACUGUGAUUGUGGCAACAAAGACUGAAGAGAUUUCUGGAACAACAUUCUCAUCAUUCGUAAUGGUUUUCACCAUCACAGGCGAAGUUAUUCUUGACGAGACAAGAAUACCUGGCAGUUACAAAUACGAAGGACUGGAGUUUCUAUAUGAUGAAGUGUUAAAUAAUCUAACGGAGUGA